UUACAUAAAUAAUUAUUAUCGUUUUUCGUUAUUUCUUUGAAAUAGUCACCUGUGUAAAGGUGCACGUACAACUAGGUAGAGGCAUUCCUUUCCCACAGUAUUAUUUGGUUAUAAAAUAGUUUUUUCUACUUAAACCACUGUAAACAACAAAAGGAAUGUGUCUUUAAGUAGAUUGUGAUUGGCCUAGAUAUCAAACUAUCAAUCACGUGGUUUCGUCUGGAACUAGAGGUCGGAGGAUCAAAACUUCUAAACAAUAAUUGACGCCCAAGAAUUAUAUACUCUCUGUGUGUUGAGUGUUCCUUGUUGACGACUGACGAGGCAGAGCGCAGCGGAGACUUAUAGUUCAUGUUACUUUACUGCGUGCCAUUCUUAAUCUAUUUCUAUGCUGAAGAUAUCAUUUGCAUAAAGGAGGUACAAGAACUAAAACACUACGGAUCACGCUCAGUUAAGAAGAGGGAAGACAGACCAAGCACACGCUACCGUGCAUAGUGAAAUAACCAGUGUCGGCAUCACAUCAUAAGAAAAUGAAUCAGGCGGAAAUUCGAAAAUUGAUUCCUGCCGUACGUGUAGCCAUCAAUGCCAAACACAGGAAGUUUUCCAAUCCAAAAGGUCCCGAGGGAAGAAUGAUGAUGUUAAGAAAAACCGUGACUGAACUGGUGAAGCUGGAGAGAGUGGAGCUGAACUACCAUCGUGGGGAUGAGGCCAGAGGUUAUGCUGAGAGGGUAUUGGCAGUGAGAUACAAGGACCAUACCGAGUCUUACACAAAACUUCAUAAAGCUCCCACCGUUUACCCUGGAUUCUACAGAGAAAGAGUAGUGCUGGAGCUCAAAGGCAAUCCAUUUCCACCUCUUGAAAAAAAGAACUCAUCCCACAAUUGGAUACACAAUAUACUGCUGGAAGAAGCCCAUCAAGAAUAUAUUAGAAAGAAGCUGAAAGAAGGAGAGGGAAGUAACUAAGGUCGAUUAAGUACCAGAUGUAGAUGGAAAGCUGAUUGUUUUUGGCUUAUUUAUGCCUUAAUGUUUGUAUGAGUGUGCUUGUUAUGUACAGUAAAAUUAUGAUUGAA